AUGUACGGCGUCAGCUCUCCUCCUCCGACGGGCGGCCCGCGUCCUACUGCCCAACACCGACCCCCACCCAACUCGAGACCGCCCCCGUCUCCUGCCCCUGAUGCCUCUGCCGAUGGCGCUGACCCGACUCUCCUGCCCCUCUUUCGAGCCGUCGAUAAGGAUGGUACCGGCCAGCUUUCCGAGCGCGAACUGUCCACCGCCCUCGUCAACGGCGACUGGACCGCUUUCGACCCGCAAACGGUGCGCAUGAUGAUCCGCAUGUUUGACUCCGACCGCAGCGGCACCAUCGGUUUCGCUGAGUUCUGCGGGCUUUGGUCCUUCCUCGCCUCGUGGCGCACCCUCUUUGACCGUUUCGACGCCGACCGCUCCGGUAAUAUCUCGCUCCCCGAGUUCAGCAACGCACUCAUCGCCUUCCGCUACCGCCUGAGCCCCGGCUUCGUCGAGCUCCUCUUCCGGACGUAUGACAAGCGCGGUGAGGGCGUCAUGUCCUUCGACCUCUUCGUUCAGGCUUGCAUUUCACUCAAGCGCAUGACGGACGUGUUCAAGAAGUACGACGACGACAGGGACGGUUACAUCACACUGAGCUUCGAGGACUUCUUGACGGAGAUUCUCAAGCAGCUCAAGUAG